UGUACACCUUAUCAAAAAGGUUGCACUGAUUAACGAGCCUUGGCUUGCAACAAGUGCGGCUCCGCUCGCUCAGCCGUUCAGUGUCGAACCGCGAUGGCGCCCCUCCGUCUGGUCUUUCUUGCGGUCCUCGGUCUGGUCAGCGCCAACGACGCCGGCAAGCACAACAUCAAGUGUGAACAUGGUUUGGAACCACUAAAUAGCUCUGUCGUGCCAUCCUUUGUCAUAAACCUGGAUUUGCCACCGCGCGAAAGAUGGGUCGAAGUCGCAAAAGCCAAAGAAACAGAGGUGUACAAAAUGCAUGAAGCUCUGAAGAAUUUAACUGUGGACGUUCUGGGCGAUAGAGUCCUGAAGCUGAUUGACACAGAAAUGCCAAAGCUUCUCAGUACUUUGCCCUGGCAAUUCACCGAGGAGAUGAAGUCACUUUCGGAAAUAACAGGUUUGCCCUUAGGCGAAGUUGUGCUGUACAACGUGUUCUACGAAUUCUUCACUGUAUGCACGUCCAUUGUUGCUCAAGAUGCGAACGGUGAGAUAUACCACGCACGAAAUAUGGAUUUCGGACUAUUUCUUGGAUGGGACUCACAAAACCACACGUGGGCCAUGACGGAAGUGUUGAGGCCGACGGUCAUUAAGCUGGAUUUCCAGAGGUCCCAAAAGACGGUGUUCAAAGCCGUGAGCUUCGCGGGAUACUUGGGUAUCUUGACCGGCGUGAAGCAGGGUGCGUUUUCGAUGACAGUCAACGAACGGUUCAAUCUGAAUGGAGGAUUUAUUGGACUGCUGGAAUGGAUCCUCGGUGACCACAGUCAGCAUUGGGUAGGCUUCCUCACCAGACAGCUGAUGGAGAACGAGACCAGCUACGACACGGCCAAGGCGAUGCUUUCGACUUCCAAGCUAAUUGCCCCCGUCUACUUCAUCUUAGGAGGCACCAGACCAGGCGAGGGCGCCAUCAUCACGCGGGAUAGGAACAGCGACGAAGCGGACGUGUACACGCUGUCGGACGCAGCGGACAAAUGGUUCGUUCUGCAGACCAACUACGACCACUGGAAGCCUCCGCCGUCGUACGACGACCGGCGCGGCCCCGGAAUGCACUGCAUGAGGAGCCUGACGCAACAGAGCCUUGGCUUCGGGGGCCUCUACGACGUCUUGGGCACAAAGCCCGUUAUCAAUAUGCUGACCGUGUACGCAGCGCUGAUGCGUCCGUCCACUGGCGAGCUCGAUGCAUACCUUCAGUCCUGCAAGCCCCCGUGCCCUCCAUGGUAACCGGGUGCCAUAGCACACUGAGGGAGGAUGGCGGUGUUCUUUUCUUCCGCUGAUGACCGCAUUGAAGCGGCGCGAUUGUUUCUGUAAAUACACUUGUUGCGUUGUGAGUGAUUUCGGGAAAAGACGAACCAUUGAAACAAUAAAGGUCAUC